AUGCCCCUAUCCUUCCCCCAAGUGGCAGCAGGAGUCACCCUGUCCCCUUCUCUCCCGGGUGCAGGGACCGCCAGGGACGCAGAGGACGAGGAGGAGGAGGACUGGGUGGACGUGGUCAAAGAGGAGGCUGCUCUCAAAAACAUCCAAGAGCAGCUCCAGGGCCGGGAAAAGGAUGAGGUCCAGCAGCUCCUUUUCCUGCAGGCCAUCCACCCCGCGAGUCUCGCUGCACAGCAGAGAGGGCAGGACACGCUGGAGCCGCACUGCUGCAAGGCGGCUGUGGUGGAGAGGAUUGUGGAGCUCAAUGAAGAGCGGCAUGAUGACAAUCCACCCGGCGCCGUCCUGGCCAACUCCCUGAUUGCUGUGGGCAACCUCAGAACCAUGACACCUACCCUUGAGCCAGAGCUGGAGUCCCACAUCGUUCAAGCUGCCCUGUAUGCAGUCUUCACCUUGGGCACGGAGAAGACCACCACCCAAGUCCAGGAUCUGCAUAGGGUCUUGCCAGACCUCCUGGAUGCCAUGCUGGGGAACCUGCUGGCAGAAUCCCCAGACACCAACAGGCUCUACUACAUCUUGGAGCACAUUAACUGCUGGAUUUUGUCCAGGGUGUCGCAAGAAAGAUCCAGGGCCAUUAGGAGCAGCACAGCCCUGCUCAGAUCCACCAUCACCCUCCCUGAGUUCGACAACUCAGCCCAAUUCCCCAGGAUGGGUCACCAUGUGGCACAGCUGGCUCUGUUCGUCGGUGACCCAGCCAAGGACAUCAGCUGCCAGGCCAGGGAGGGGGUUUACUGGCUCUACCAGCUGCUGCUGCACCAGAGGGGCACACAGUGAGGACUCUGCCCACUGUGCAGCCACCAAUGGGAUGGGAAGGACACAAGCACUGCAACCAGAAUGACAAAUGUGUGUGUGUCUCUUUCCC